AUGGACCGUCGCCCGCCGAACCUGUAUCGGACUCUGGAGGUGCAUCCUCAGGCAAAGGAGGGUCGGAAGCCGUUUGCCCUCGGCGACGUGGCUUGGCUCGGAUUUGACCUCGACCACACGCUCGUGCGGUACAAGAUGGACGUCUUUAUGCCGCUCUGCGCAUCAGCCAUUCUCCAGCACCUCGUGACUGCGCUCGACUAUCCUCAGAAGCUGGUGGAAGCUGAUUUCGACUUUUCGUUUGCCAAGAAGGGCCUCAUCAUCGACAAGGAGCUCGGCAAUGUGGUCAAGCUCGAUUGCCAGGGUCGGGUUCUGCAGGGCGCCCACGGGUCUCGCUGGCUCUCGGCGAGUGAGCUGGCGGCGGCGUACGGCGCCGAUCCGCUGCCGGGCUUUGAGGGCCGGUCGUCGGAGCGGUACUGGCCGCUCAACACCUUUUUCGACAUUCCGGUCGCGCCGGUCUUCGCCGCCAUGGUCGAUCUCGAGACCGGCAAGUCGUACACCCAGCUCACGCUCGACAUCUACGACUCGGUCUCGCACAACUACCUCUCGUUUGACGGCGGAUACUACUUUGGCGCCUUUAAGGAGACGCCCGAAAAGUACGUCCACAAGCGCGACGAGAUCAAGGCCUGGCUCGCCUCGCUCAAGGCCUCGGGCUCUCACAAGCUCUUUGUCGCCACCAACUCGAUGCCGGCGUACUCAAAGCUCCUUCUCGACUUUGCUUUUGGUCCCGGCGAGUGGGAGCCGCUCUUUGAUCUUGUCCUCUUCAAGUGCUGCAAGCCGGCGUUCUUCACCGAGGCUGCCCCGUUCCAAGCCGUCACCUUUUCGCCGCGCUCCGAUGCGCCGCCACCCGCCGACGGCUCGUACGUCCCUGUCGACGUCGCCUUUCGUGAUCUUGCGCCCGGCGAGACCAUUCAGAUAGGAGGCAUGUACCACUACGGCAACGCCGCCGACCUUCACGCUGCGCUCGACGUCGAGCCUGCCGACAUUGCCUACUUUGGCGACCACAUCCCGUACGACUGCGGCGCUGCCAAGAUCCAUGCCGGCUGGCGGACCGUUGGCGUCGUGGAGGAGGUUGACUACGACCGCUCGCCGCACUCGGACCCACAGGCUUACAACUCCUGGUCGUGCUUCUUCACCUACGACCCAGUUGCCGAAAUCAACACCGCCGUGCUCCCGGACCCGGCCUCAUCCGAGACCUACUACAAAAAGUGGAUGGACGAGGCGUGCGAUGCCGUCGUUCCCGACCUCAACCAUCUCAUCGGCGUCGAGCUCGAUACUGUCCUCAACACCUCGUCGUUCUUUGUCAAUCCGGCCGUUCCGCCGCUCCCGCCGCCCGGCGUCACCCACCUCCACCUCGAUGGCGACGUUGCCGAGACCAGUGAGCAGUAG